AAUCGCCGAUCCGCCACUCUCCCAAGUCCCAACCACGACGAUGGCGGCGGUGCAGCUCCUUCCCCUUCCUCCCGCCGCCCCUCCUCAGCCGCGCCGCGGCAAACCUGGUUGCUGGAACACGCCGCCAGCGCCGCCGAAGGUUUGCCACUACUGGAAGUCCGGCAGGUGCAGCCGGAACCCCUGCCGAUUCCUCCACACCGACGCGCCUGAUCCGGCGCCGCCGAUCGCCGCCGUCAACACGCGCAGCAACACGUGGGUCAACCCGUCCUGCGUCGCCGCGAAUUCGGAUGGCAAGGGUAGGGCUCCUCCGGUUCAGCCGGCGAAGCGGCAGGUUGAGGCGCCGCCGGAAACGCCUGCCAAGCGCCGAUGCGGCGGCGGCGCGUGGUGCGUCGGCGACGGCUUCUGCGGCGUCGCGCGGCUCAAGGGUCACGCCAAGGCGGUCACCGGCUUCGCGCUGCCGGAAGGGUCGGACAAGCUGUUCUCCGGCAGCCUGGACAGCACGGUGCGCGCCUGGGACUGCAGCACCGGGCAGUGCGUCCGCGUCGAGGAGAUGCAAGAAGGGGAGGUGCACAAGCUGAUCGCCAUGGGCCCGUGGGUCCUCGCCGGCGUGCGCGGCGCCGUCAAGGCGAUCCACACGGGGACCGGCAAGGAGCUCCGGCUGCGAGGGCCCGCGUCGCAGAUCACCGCCAUGCUAGCCGAGGACGAGGACCACCUCUUCGCCGGCGCGGAGGACGGUGCCGUGUUCAUGUGGAGGAUGAACCAAGAACAGCAAUCGUUCGACGAGGUCGCCGCGCUCACCGGCCACUACAAGGCCGUCGUGUCGCUCGCGCAGGGCAAGGGCGCGCUCUACUCCGGCUCAACAGACGGCAGCAUCAGGGUCUGGGACCUCGACACCCACCGCUGCAUCUACAGCUUCGCCGGCCACUCGUCGACGGUCACCGCAUUGCUCUGCUGGGAGCGGUUCUUGCUCUCCUCGUCCGACGAUGGCACCGUGAAGGUCUGGCAGUGGAAGCCUGAUCACGACGACCUCGACCUCGAGGUGCACUACACCCACAAGGAAGACGAACGGGUCGUUUCCAUGGACGGAACGUACGACGCCGACGAGAAGCCCGUGCUGCUUGUCUCCCGCGGCGAUGGCGUUGUCCGUGUCUACGAUCUCCCGUCGCUGAAGAAGAGAGGGGAUAUUAUCUGCGACGACGAGGUCAGGACGAUAUCCGUCAGGUCGCGCGGCGUCGUCUUCACCGGAGAUGCGUCCGGCGAGGUCAGAGUGGUGAAGUGGACAUCACUGAGUGAUGCAGCAGAGUCUUAUUUAGCUAUGGCCUGAAUUAGUUUUGAUUUAAGAGAACCAUCAGCCAAUUUUUGCUUUGUGGUCUUGUGAUUCAGUACUCCGAUGUAUGUAGUGUACACAACGUUGUAAACAGUGGAACCGCUACGCGGCUUGUGAAUACUACUCCCUCCGUUUUGUAACGGUGUGAGGCUCAAGGUUAAAUCUGAAUGAAUUUUUAGUUCAGAUCUGCCUGUUUGUAAUUAUUAAUGUUUUGAUUUAAGAGAACCAUCAGGGAGUUUUGCUCCUUGUUUCUAAUCCAA